CGGAAGUCCCAUGACUCCGACCAACGGCAGCGAACCUGCUUGUGUUUCGCUGCGGAGCUAAGGCAGAGCCAGGUCGCUGCUGUUGUCCCCUCCACCACUACUGCUAUGUGAGAGCGGAAUAAGUUUGUACCACCGAAAAACGCUAGUUUUGGUCCGAGUAGAAAUGCAGCGUCGCCCCCGCGCUUCCCUCACGAAGACGUGAAUGGUCAGCCGGCAGGACAGGGACUGACACAGAGCAACCUCGGCCCGGUACGCGGCAGACAUGUCAGGCGGGCUCUUCGGCAAGGUGCGCUCCACCUUCAGGAGGGAGCGCAGCGGCUGGGACCUGAACGACACGGCGCCCUUCGACUUCUCCGACGAGCUGGUGGAGGAUGACGAGGCCCCCAGGUUCAACAAGCUGAAGGUGGUGGUCUCCGGAGAGAUGUCCGACUACUCCGCCGGGGCUCCCUCCAACGGGGUGUCGGUGAGCACCGUGGUGGUCCCGCAUGGCGGCGCCAGUGGAGGUGGAGGAGCAGACGACGACGACGACUCCCUGCUGGACUCCUCUUCCAGCCUGGGCAGCCCGGGCUUGAACAUGGACCCCUGCGACAGCUGCAGCAGGAAGAGGGAGCGGAUCAAGCACAGGAGGGUGAUGAAGAGGCUGGUCAUCGCUGCCGUGUUGUACUUUCUCUUCAUGACGGGGGAAAUCAUCGGGGGUUAUGUGUCUAACAGUUUGGCCAUAAUGACGGACGCCGUGCACAUGCUGGCAGAUGUGGUGGGGAUCUUGUUUUCUCUGCUGGCCCUGUGGCUCUCCACCAAACCCCCCACCAAGAGGUUCACCUUUGGACUACAUCGCCUUGAGGUGGUGUCAGCCGUCCUCAGCGUGGUGCUCAUCUACAUCCUGACGGCCGUGCUGCUGUACGAGGCCGUCCAGAGGACCGUGCACCAGGACUUCAACAUAGACGGGGACGUCAUGCUCAUCACCGCAGCUGUAGGGGUGGCUGUUAAUCUUAUAAUGGGUUUCCUGUUAAACCAAGGCGGUCACCUCCACUCGCACGGUCACGGCCAUUCCCACGGCCCUGCAGCUCCCUCAGGUUCACACUCGGCCGGGCCGGGUCAGCAGAGACCCCACGGCAGCCUCGCCGUACGGGCGGCCUUCAUCCACGCCUUGGGAGAUCUCCUGCAGAGCGUCGGCGUGCUCAUAGCUGCUUAUAUAGUCCGCUUCAAGCCGGAGCUAAAGUUGGCAGAUCCCAUCUGCACCUACAUUUUCUCAGUCCUGGUGCUCUUCACCACAGUCCGCAUCAUUCGGGACACAAUAAUCAUCGUAUUAGAAGGUGUUCCCAGACACCUGGACACUCAACGAAUCAAAGAGGACCUCCUGAAGCUGGAGGAUGUCCAAUCUGUCGACGAGCUGAACGUCUGGGCCCUGACGGCUGACAAGACCACAGCACUGGUGCAUUUGCAGCUCACUCCCUCUAGUGCCAACAACUGGGAGGACGUCCAGGCCAAGGCCCGCCACCUGCUGCUACACACCUACGGUCUCACCAGAUGCACGGUGCAGGUCCAGACUCACAGACAGAGGACAGUACGUAGCUGUGCACAGUGUCAGCAGCCCAGCGUCUGAGGCUCCUCCGUAGACUGACAUACGCAGUUGAUUCCACUGGAGGCAGGGAGGACCGUUCAGAGGGGUCUGGACGUCUCAGUGCUGCUCAGUGCCAUAGCUGCAGCACACAGACACGGGUGGAAAAAAGGGCGGUGCCAAAGUACAGUCGGUGGAACAACAACAGAUGCACAUUUCUAAUUAAAGGAGAACUGCAGCCUCUGGGGACCUGAAACCCUUGUGCUUGCUAAGCUCUUAUUAAUGGGUGGAAUUUGACCUCUUAUGCUGAGAAAAUCUGAAGACUUGACCUUAAUUCACCAUUAAAGCCUACCGUAACGGGUGACUUUCUUUGCAUGAAAGCGUUUGCUUUAUUUCAACUUAUGUUUGAGUUUCACCAUAUGUUUGAUAUGUUGAAGCUGGAUGCUAUAAUUUUAAUAAUAUCCAGAGGAGAUCAGCAACUUGGAUCUGAUUUGUGUAACUGGCCGCAGCGCAUGCAAGCUUAAACCUUGGUUGUGUAGCAGCCUCGCUCAUCUUUAUUAAGAUUGGCGACAUUACAGCUCACCAUGUGCGUUCAGCCAAAAACUGACCUGGCAUAUUGUUUGUGUAAAGGAAAAACAAUGGUGGUGCCUCUACUCACCAACACUUACAUUACUCGAUAUUUUACUGAUUUCGCUGUUGCAAGACACAGUGCUAAUGAUCAUAAAAAUUGAUAUAAUUAACAGAGAAUAAGGUUCCAAGUAUAAAGCUGUUUUAUAUUUUAGUGUUUCAGUGCACAAGGGUUGGAGUAAAGUGAAACUUGCCACUCAUGGUGUUUUCUGGAGAGUUGUGUGCGUGUGUGUGUGUUGGGCAAUGCCUGUCUUGGUCUGUGACCACCAGGAAGUAUUAAAAACUGGACCAGUGAUUUAUUAUUUUUAAAUAAAGUUUUAAGUUGUUUUGUCUUA